AUGUCCAACGACGCAGUCGACAAAGAGACUGAACAAGUCCACGAAUGGCUUCGCCAACACGGCGUCUCAGAUGAUCUUCAUGAAUUUUCAGGGGAUCCAGUGAGCAAACUCCAAACGUGGGACCUGCAAAUUGAAGUCCCGGUGGACUUUAUCUGGAUCGGGACAUCACCGUUGGCAUACGUGGGGGCAACAAGAAAUGUCAGUGCAUGUCAGUGCAUCUGUGACAUGGGGACAUCGAAAUACUUACUAGAAAUCCGCACCCCAAGCCAAGGCCAAUACCAAAGCAUUGUUGCGCCUGCAGCCAAGGAUGAUCCCAAAUCAUUAAACUCCGAGACCUGCCCCAUACGUGGAUGGCCAAACGGAAGCGGAGGACAAAUUGGGACUAUAUCUGGGAAUCUUCUCCCUGGGAUCACUUUGGCUGUUGGUUACGAUGUUGCUUCGAUGCAAGGAACCAUCAGAACGUAUCUUGCGGAGGGACCCAAUCCGAAAUGGCUGGAGCUUGAUGUGGACCUUCGUGUAUUCAACCGCGCAGUCAAAGAGAAAGGCGUCCAGACUUCCUGA